AUGUCGGCCAAGGUCUCGAAGAAGUCCAAGCAAAAUGCUCUUGGGGCCCCCAAAACCAAGCAGAAGCAGAUGGGUUUGUUCAGCUUCUUCAAAAAGAAAACUCCGACAGAAACAGUUGCCAAGGCUACAGGUACAGCCAAGACAAAUGGAUCCUCCAAGGACGACGGUGGAAGUAGUGCGAAGAAAAGCAACAGUGCUAGUUCCCAACAACAACGAUCUGUGUCCAGCACCGUGGUUCGUAAUAGCGACCGCAUGCUCAGGGGAAUCAAAGUGAACAGCAAAAUCGCCGUCUUUUGGCCGGACGAUGGAAAAUACUAUCCAGGAAAAGUGACUCAAAUUGACGCUCUGAAACAGAAAUGGCAAGUGACGUACGACGAUGAUUCAAAUGAAUGGAUUGAUCUGCGCCGCGAGAAAUUCCGUUUGAUCGACAAUGACGAUGAGGAGGAGGAUCUCUGCGAUACCAGUGAUGAAAUGGAGGAGGACAAGGUGGUCAAACAAACUUCACAGCAAAAAGGCCGCCCUGCCAAGCGCCCAAGAAUCAGUGACAGUGAUGACGAAGAAGAAUUUGAAAUGGACGACAACCCAGAAGCAGCGGUGGAUGAAGAAGAGUUGGAAGACAUGGAGGAAGAAGAGGAAGAAGAAGAGCUGGUCUACGAUGACGACGAUGAUGAAGAAGAACCAGCAGUUGCAAAGAAGCGGAAAACACCCGCCAAAAAUCGAAACUCAAGGACAACCGACAAGACCACUCCGAAGGUCUCUGUAUCGAUGUAUCAGCCAUGCACCGCAACACCGCCCAACAACACGACAGCGCCAACCAGCUUGGAGUCGUUUUCCGCGUUCAACUCAAAACCAGGGUCACAAGUGAAUACUCCCACUCGCAUCACGCCUCCUUCUUUUUCCAAAGCGACUUCCUCUAGUGCUCCCAAGGAAAGUGCCAAGCUUUCAGCCGACGAGGACAUGGCCAACGGAGAGAAGGCACUUCCAUUCAUUGAAUCUGUUGUCAACCCAGCUGGUGCUCAUGUUCACAACCACCUCAAGUUCCUCCGCAACCCCAAAGACGCACAGGGCCGCUCCAAGGGAGAUCCAGGAUACAAUGCACGAACUCUGCGUUGGGACAGAAACGAGUUUUUGGAGUGCGUCAACAGAAACAAGCCCAAACAGCCCAAAAAAAUGAGUCCAGGGGUGGAACAAUGGUGGAAGACAAAGGCCCAGUAUUUUGAUACCGUACUUCUUUUUAAGACGGGCAAGUUCUACGAAAUGUUUCACAUGGAUGCUGAUAUAGGGGUGCAACACGCUGGUUUGUCUUACAUGAAAGGACAUGUGGCACACGCUGGGUUCCCAGAGGUCAGCUAUGCCACCAUGGCCGAUAAGCUGGUUCGAGCUGGAUACAAAGUUGCGCGGUGCGAGCAAACUGAAACCCCAGAUGCGCUCAAAGAGCGCAAGAAGAAACAAAAGGGGAUUCCAAACGUAGUCAAUCGAGAAGUCUGCUCCAUCAUGACGGUCGGCACAAGGACCUGCUGCUACCUGGAUGGGGACCUAUCAAUCAACGCCAGCGGAGAGGCUGGCAUCGGCCCACUUCUUGCAAUCAAAGAAAAGAAGAUCGAGCAAAGCACCCAAGAGGAUGACAGUGACCAAGAUGGUGGCGUGAUCCAUCCCGUCUGUGAAUAUGGUAUUGUGGCUGUGGACGCUUCUAGGGCCGAAAUCACAAUGGGACAGUUUGCCGAUGAUGCGAUGCGCACUCGACUACACACUCUUUUGUCCACACUCGCUCCAUCAGAAGUUCUUGUCGAAGGCAGUGAUCAUGGCUCCUCAAAAGAGUUGCUAUCAGUUCUCAAAACUGCCCGAGAGUCGUCUCCCUUCUUGAUUGAAACUGUCGAGCAAAACGAGGCGUUUCCGAAGUCGACAGCCCUUGACCCCAGCAUUCGACGAAAGCUUGACCGCAAUAACGGCAAAGCGCAACCGUGGAACGUCGAGGAGACCAUGGCCGAGCUCCACCGUAGGCAGUAUUUCCCCCGUGGUUCCAAGCAGAACCACACUAGCACAAGCCGAUGGCCAUCAGUGCUCCAGAUGGCUGUCGAAGGGAAUGCAGAGCUGGCACUAUCGAGCCUCGGAGCCGUCUUGUUUUAUCUCCAACGAAAUCUCAUCGAUGAAGAGAUUCUUAGUAUGGGGCUAAUCAAGGCGUACAUUCCCGCGGAGGCUCCAGAAGAUGAGGACGAUAAGAACGGCGGCACAGCUGCGAAUUCCCCAGACAAGGCAGCACAACGUCAGACCCAGGGCGACGCUAUUUGGAAACCAACCGCCUCCCAGGACGGCCAGGGAAUGAGUGACGAGGAGACCACCUCGCACAUGGCUAUUGAUGGCAACACGCUGUGCCAGUUGGAGAUUCUCACCAACUCAAUUGACCACAAGGAGGCCGGCAGUCUUUGGUCCAAGAUCAACUUUACGAAGACGCCGCAUGGUACACGCCUCCUCAAAGCAUGGGUGCUCCGCCCAUUAUUCCAGAAGGCUGAAAUUGAUAGAAGAGCGGAUGCAGUGGAAGAAUUGGGAUCGGGCGACGCUGCAAUGGCAAUGGACGAAGCCAAGGCCCUGCUUUCUAAAUGUGGAGACAUCGAACGGCUUCUCGCUCGAAUCCACGCAAUGAGCGGCACAAAGUGUCCCGGAUCCGACGAAUCCGAAGGGAUGAUCCACCCCAGCUCGAGGGCUGUGUUGUAUGAAACGAAAACUUACACGAAGCGUAAAGUGGGCGACUUCAAAAAAGUGCUCACCGGACUUCGCAGCGCGAGCAAAAUCCCCGAACUCUUUGCCGACAUUGACGUUUCUAGCCCGUUGCUUCGGAAACUGGUCAAGACACCCAAUGAUGGAGGCUGUUUCCCAGAUGUCGGGGAAGAGCUUGACUUUUUCUUUGAAACAGUUGACUUUGCUGCCGCCGAAAAGGGGGAGUGGGAACCAGGACGGGGCAUCGACGAACUGUUCGACGAAGCUUGUGAUGCCAUUGACCAAAUCCACCGCGAGCUGGAACAAUAUAAAGACGAAAUGUGCGCCGUGCUCACCCCCAAGAGUCUUGCUAGGAGUUCGUGGAAAUAUAGCGGCCUCGAUUUGGAUUCAAAAGACAAGUAUAUCAUUGAGCUGCCCAUUGGUGUAACGGUUCCAACAGACUUUCGGAUGGUGGGCAAGCGUGGAAAAGGGCAAAAGCAAAUUUGCAAGUAUCAAUCUUCUGUGGUUCAGGAGCUUGUCGUUUCGUUGGAACAAGCAAUCGAGGCACACAAAGAGCGCAAGGCUCAGCACAUGCAGCACGUGUUUGCUCGGUUUGACGCCAAACGAAACCUCUGGGAGCAAGUGAAACACGUUUCCGCCAUGUUGGAUGCACUUGGCUCCUUGGCUCACUUUUGUGGUCGGCCUGGCUACUGUCGGCCCCAAAUCCUCGAGUGUCCUCCUGAUGCAACUCCAUGCAUCGAGAUUGUUCAGGGACGCCACCCAUGUGUCGAGUCCACCCCCGGCAGCGGUGAGUUCAUUCCAAACGAUCUCUCUCUUGGAUCGAGCGAACGAGAUGUUCAAGCCCCGUUGUCGCUUCUUCUGUCUGGACCCAACAUGGGAGGCAAGUCGACGCUACUACGUCAGACUUGCCUCAUCUCAAUCUUGGCGCAGAUUGGUGGCUACGUUCCAGCUGAGGCUUGCACGUUGACCCCCGUCGACAGAAUCAUGACACGCCUUGGAGCCAGUGACAGGAUCCUCCUGGGCUAUUCAACAUUCUUCUGUGAGCUCUUCGAGACCGCCUCUGCAUUGAGAUCUGCGACCCGACGUUCUUUGAUUAUCUUUGACGAGUUGGGUCGCGGCACAAAUACGUGGGAUGGCACGGCCAUUGCGAGCGCUUGUCUUUCCUACAUAGUGGAUACUCUCAAGUGCCUUUCGCUCUUUGCAACCCAUUACCACUCGCUUUUGGAUGACAAGAAGAGCGAUCCUAAUGUUCGGUUGGGUCACAUGGAAAACUCUGUCAACAAGGCAGAUGACACUGUCACCUUCCACUACACACUUGGGAACGGAGCGUGCCCCAAGAGCUUCGGAGUGAGCUGCGCACGUAUUGCUGGCCUUCCUGAUGAGGUUUUGAAAAGGGCUCAGGCACUCAGUUCGCAAUUUGAGACGGAAGCAUCGCAGCAACAAAAUGUCAUCAAGAUGAUCAAUGAAGGAAGCUGCAAACUGACAGAGCUUGAAGAGCUAUGGGACUCAUUGCAGGGCAACAGCAUGGACACGGACACGGCUGAUGCCUCUGAUUGA